AGAAUCUAGUACAAUUUACUGUGUGCCUUUCUCUUCUAAGAAAAAGAUCAUAGAAUUUUUGCAUGUUUCUAGCAAUUGAUCAAUUAUGCCACUAAUUCAUAAGGAGGGAAAAGAUACUAUUAUAUUUGCAUCUAAGGAAGAUCAUGCUACACCUAGUAAAAUAGAUCUUCCAGAACCAGAACCAAGUCCUGGUCUCCUUUUGCCCAAUGGUGAAAUCAACUGGAACUGUCCUUGUCUUGGAGGUAUGGCUACAGGACCGUGUGGAGUAGAAUUCAGAGAAGCUUUCUCGUGUUUCCACUACUCCACUGCAGAUCCAAAAGGCUCAGACUGUUACGAAGCAUUUAAAACGAUGCAAAUGUGUAUGACCCAGUAUCCUGCCUUGUAUGGUAGUAAAGACACAAAUUUAGAUGAAUUCGAUGAAGAUAUGGAUUCGGAAGAAUAG